UCUUUUAAUUUACAAAUUAAUGGCUUUCCACAUUUAUCCUUUACUUAUGGACCUUAACUCGCCACUCUCUUCCGCCUCACUGUACCCUCCCAGACGCCUUCCCACAUGGGCCACACCCAAUCACCUCCUCUGCUCUAAUAAUAACAAUUCCACGAUUUUGGGUGUGAAUAGUGGGAAACGAAAAUGUGUUUCUGUGAGGGUCCAAACGAUGGAGAGGAGAGCCAUGCCAGAAGGCAAAAUGUCGAUAAUGGCGAAGGAGAUUACAUGCUUCGAGUUUGAGUUGAACACCAGAGCAAAAAUUCCCUCUGUCGGCCUGGGCACUUGGCAGUCCGAGCCUGGUAUCGUCGGUCAAGCGGUUGAAAAAGCCAUCAAGGUUGGAUACCGCCAUAUUGACUGUGCUCGAUCUUAUGGAAAUGAAAAUGAGAUAGGUUUAGUUUUAAAGAAGCUGUUUGAUGAUGAAGUUGUGAAGAGGGAGGAUUUAUUUAUUACCUCCAAACUCUGGUGUACUGAUCAUGCACCAGAAGAUGUACCUGUGGCAUUAGAUAAAACAUUGGAAGAUCUGCAACUUGACUAUCUUGAUUUGUAUCUUAUCCAUUGGCCUGCUCGGUUGAGGAAGGGGGCUGUUGGCAUGAAUCCAGAAGACUUUGUUCCAGUGGAUAUACCUACCACAUGGAAGGUCAUGGAAGCACUCUAUGAUUCUGGUAAGGCCCGAGCUAUUGGCAUUUGCAAUGUCUCUACCAAAAAGCUGGGUGAUCUAUUGGAUUUAGCUCGCAUUCCUCCGUCUGUUGUCCAAGUUGAGUGCCAUCCGGUGUGGCAGCAGACCAAACUACAAGAAUUCUGUAAAUCAAAGGGAGUUCACCUCACUGGAUAUUCACCACUUGGUUCACCUGGAACAGCGAUGUACAAGAGUGAUGUCCUCAAGCAUCCUGUUGUAGUUUCUAUUGCAGAAAAAUUGGGUAAAAGUCCUGCUCAGGUUGCUCUUCGAUGGGGUUUGCAGAUGGGUCAUAGUGUACUUCCCAAAAGCACAAAUGAAUCAAGGAUCAAAGAGAACUUUGAUGUUUUCGAUUGGUCUAUACCUGAUGACUUAUUUGCCAACUUCUCCGAAAUUGAUCAGGAAAGACAGGUUACAGGUAACUUUUUUGUCCAUGAAAAGUUCGGCUCAUACAGAACCGUUGAAGAUAUAUGGGAUGGUGAACUUUGAGCUUGCCGUUUAAUUUUACAUUUUCAGGAAGGAUUGGAAGAUAUAUCUUAUUGUCAUCAUCUAUAUACAAUAUUUUGAACUCGAAAUAAAUUUGGGGUUUCCGAUCUGGCUUUAUUGCAAGCAUUGAUGUUCUAACA